AUGCCGUCUGACUGCAGAACUGACGAAAACCAAACAAAUACUCCAAGAAAACGAUUUGUGACCAGGCGGGUUCAAACUCCAGUAACCACCAUACCACAUCCGGGACAGACAGCGGGGGCACAAGCUAGGCAACCGAAGGCUUCUGUGGCAAGAGCACGUAAUCAGUGUAUGUUGUCUACAGUCAAGAGCAAACUCUUCAAGUCUCCAGAAUCACGAGCUGUGUUGCUGCCAUGCAUACUCCACAGCUUAAGCCAGCAGCUUCAGCGUCAUGAGCAAGAAGAAGGAUGUGUUGAGGUUUUGGUCGAGGUCCUUAGUGUUCUACAGGAAAACAAUGGAAUAUCUAAUCAUGACAUUUCUAUGGUGAUUCGUAAUAUGUUUUAUCUUGUACUGACUAUCAUUCGAGCCACUGAUAAGCAGGCACCUCCAUCUCACACGGGUCAAUACAUUGUGUCACUGAUCGCCAUGUUGAAAGUGAUGAAAGAAGAACAUUACUCUGAACUGCUGAUGUCGUUUUCUGAACGUUCAAGAUUGUUGGGCUUUCUGAUAGAGUUGUUUGGAGUAUUUGAAGAUUUGAUUUGCAGCAAUGUGUAUGCAAAGAACUGGAUGAUUAUGUACAUGGUUCAGAACAACAUUCUAGUCCAAGCCACGACGUACUUUACACAAGCAUUGUGUGAUCGAUUUUUGAAAGGGCAGCAGUUUGAGCAACAGGUGUGGAUUGCAUUUUUUCAACUUGCUGUAACAUUUAUAACUCAGUGGUCACUCCAACUAGAAAACUUUUCUGAGGCCAAGCGAACAAAGAUUUUAGACAAGUAUGGUGAUAUUCGAACAGUUAUGGCUUUCCAAGUUUUGUCAAUGUGGCAAGCACUAGAUGACUUUCAAGUCAAAUUUGUACCGUUUCUGAUUGGACCAUUUGUGUCCAUGACUCUUGUUCCCCAAUCUGACUUGAGAAAGGCUACAAUGCCAAUCUUUUUUGAUAUGAUGGAAGCUGAAAUGAAAUCUUGUACAAACUUUAAACAGGUGGAGGAUGCUUUGUUUCAUCAUCUGGAUGAACAAGUGAGUGCAGGUCGUGGUGAUGAAGACUAUCGAUGGUUACUUAGCAAAGUACUUACUGAAAGAUGUCAAAGACACCCAUCUUUGGCUGACACUGGAAUAACAUUUGGUGAGUCUUUGACUGGUUUGCUGGAACGUCUGCUUGACUACAGAUCUGUAGGGCACGGUGAAGAAAACAGGUUCAAACGGACUGUUUGUACUGUAAAUCUCUUGACUUAUUAUCGUGAAAUUGGGACAACAGAACCGAGGGGCAUUUCAAGACCCAACCUCAUGCGUAUUGCUAGGCGAAUAUCGCUGGGUUUUGAUGCAAGCUUCGCAGAAGAAGGUAAUAGAUGGGAUCGUGAUACCGAGUUGAAGGCAUUUUUCAAUUCCGUUUUUAAGAUGACCCAAUCAGGAUUGGAUUCCAGAAGUAGACUAAUAUGA